AUGUCUCAGGUCCUCACCCCUCCCCAUGGGAUGCCCCACACCGGGACGGUCAGGGAACACCCAGGUCAGAGAGAGGGAGCUCAGUACCUUUGGUCGUGUCACUCCGAACGGAAUAACCUCUCUGCCAUGGGAUCGAAAACCAUACCGGAUAUAUUACUUCACAGUCUUCAUGGACAACAGUUUUUAAUCACUUGUGGCCCUGUUAGCAUCACCAGAUCUCUCCCACAAGCAACACACACCUCCUCCAUGUCUCAGAAUCAGAGAAGGCUGAAAAAUGGCACUCUCUCGACUAGAACGAAACCGGCUAUUCUAAGAUCUCGAAAAAGAAAGAACUCCGAAAAUGAAGAUGAAAAUAAAGAAGUGAAACAGGCCAGAUUGGAUUCGACGGAAAUGAGUACCACUGCUAAGUCCCUGGAUUGCCAGAAGCAGAAUUCUUUCAGCAAAACCUGA